AUGGGACCGACCGUCUCGUCGCCUCUCCGAAUCGUCGCCUAUCCGUCUCGUCGCCUCUCCGUCUCAUCGCUUCUCCGUAUCGUCGCUUUCCCGAAUCGUCGCCUCCCCGUAUCAUCGUUCUCCACGUCUCGCCGCCUCCCCGUCUCGCCGCCUGCACGUCUCGCCACCUCCACGCCUCGCCGCCUCCCCGUAUCGCCGCCUCCCCGUCUCGCCGCCUCCACGACUCGUCUCGCCGCCUCCAUGUCUCGCCGCCUCCCCGUAUCGCCGCCUCCCCAUCUCGCCGCCACUACGACUCGUCUCGCCGCCUCGACAUCUCGCCGCCUCCCCGUCUCGCCGCCUCCCCGUCUCGCCGCCUCCACAACUCGUCUCGCCGCCUCCCCGUAUCGCCGCCUCCCCGUCUCGCCGCCUCCCCGUGUCGCCGCCUCCACGUCUCGCCGCCUCCCCGUCUCGCCGCCUCCCCGUAUCGCCGCCUCCCCGUGUCGCCGCCUCCACGUCUCGCCGCCUCCCCGUCUCGCCGCCUCCCCGUAUCGCCGCCUCCCCGUCUCGCCGCCUCCCCGUAUCGCCGCCUCCACGUCUCGCCGCCUCCACGUCUCGCCGCCUCCCCGUCUCGCCGCCUCCACGUCUCGCCGCCUCCCCGUCUCGCCGCCUCCACGACUCGUCUCGCAGCCUCCACGUCUCGCCGCCUCCCCGUCUCGCCGCCUCCACGUCUCGCCGCCUCCCCGUCUCGCCGCCUCCCCGUCUCGCCGCCUCCCCGUCUCGCCGCCUCCCCACCUCGCCGCCUCCACAUCUCGCCGCCUCCACGUCUCGCCACCUCCCCAUAUCGCCGCCUCCCCGUCUCGCCGCCUCCACGUCUCGCCGCCUCCCCGUCUCACCGCCUCCCCGUCUCGCCGCCUCCCCGUCUCGCCGCCUCCCCGUCUCGCCGCCUCCCCGCAUCGCCGCCUCCUCGACUCGUCUCGCCGCCUCCACGUCUCACCGCCUCCCCGUAUCGCCGCCUCCCCGUCUCGCCGCCUCCAUGACUCGUCUCGCCGCCUCCACAUCUCGCCGCCUCCUCGUCUCGCCGCCUCCCUGUCUCGCCAUCCCCAGUUCCGACCAAGGUCGCUUGCUUAUCUUUAG